AAAGUUGAGGAAGUCAUGGUGGAUGUUUAUAAGGUUAGUGGGGAAAAUGCUGAACUGGAAAAUAGGAGUAGGAAAAGGAGGAAGGUGGAUGGUGGCCUCAUCGAUGAUGAAAGUAAGAGGAUGGUGGAGAAAGUGAAAAGAAAACUUAUGGCUGAUAAACUGCGGAGUAGUGAUCGAAUUUUGCGGUCGAGUUCUGCAGUAAAGACAGAGUGCGGUAGUGUAAUUGAUAGUGAAGAGAAUAGAAGUAGUAUGGCGGUGCAGAAUUGUAGGAGCAGUAGGUAUGGCAAGAAAAUAGUGAAGCUGGAGAGGGGAAGUGACGAUAAAUUGUUCUCUGGGGAUCAGAAGAUAAAAAGAAAGCGUGGGAGACCCCGGAAGGUUGAAAAGGAAGCUGAGGAAUUAGUUGUUAGCCCUAUGAAGAAGUUGAAACGGAAGCCUGGAAGACCACCCAAGUCGGAGAGCGAACAUAACCAUCAAUUUGUCUGUGGGUCGAAGAAGAUGUUGAAAAAGAAACCUGGAAGACCACCCAAGAUUAAACAGGAAGAUGAUAAUCCAUUUUUUGGUGGAUUGAAUACCUUCAAACGUAGGCGUGGAAGACCACCCAAGUUGCAACAAAACAAUGGAGCUAUGAAGGAUAAGCACAAGGAGGAAAGAAAGGUCAGGUGGGUGAGAAAAAAAAAGUUAGGUAUGAAGUUGAGAAGCAGGGUGAGGAAUAAUGUGCCAACUGAUUGUUUAUCCUCGGAUAAGAGGGAUAUUAUGAAAGAAACACACGUGAAAAUAAAUUUGCCGGCUGAAAAGGAUUUAUCUCAGGAACAUUUGGAACUAGAUGCAGCACUUACCACGAGUUCAAAGGUGGUUACUUGUGGUGACAAGAUUAAGGAUGUGAAGAAAGUAGAAAAGCCGAAGAUCACAGUAGAUGAAUGCAGUAGAUCUGUAGCAAAGAAUUUAUUGAGAGAUAGGAUUACUGAAAUAUUAAAAACCGCUGGUUGGACAAUUCAGUAUAGGCCCAGAUUUAAUCGAGAGUACAAGGAUGCAGUUUAUGUAAGUCCAGAGGGACGAACUCACUGGUCAAUCACCUUGGCAUAUAAUGUGCUUAAAAGGCACUAUGAAGAAGGUGAUGGUGAUUCUAAAGUUUAUAAGACUGGUUUUAUAUUUACUCCAAUACCAGAGGAAGAAAUCAUGACACUAACAAGGAUUACGAAAGCAAGUAGGAACAAAGAAUUGAAGAAACAAAGGGGAAAUGGAAACAUAAAAGCGAAAGGGUUGAUUGAAAAGACAAGGUGUAAAGAGAAAGCGAGUUCUCCAAGGAGUCUAGUUUCUGGGUCAAUUAAGAGGAAGAGGAAAAGAAAUACUUCACACCAUGAACUUGAUAAGGAGUUUCCUAGUUCAUUUCGGACACAAAAUAGAAAGCGAUGUGCUUUGUUGGUUCGAAAUACAGAGGAAAGCAUCAAUUCAUGCAAUGAUGGGUAUUUACUAUAUACUGGGAAGCGGACACUACUUGCUUGGAUGAUAGAUUUGGGGAUUUUGUCGCUUGAUGAGAAGGUACGGUACAUGAACCAAAGAAAGACACGGGUGAAACUUGAGGGUAAGCUUACAAGAGAGGGAAUCCAUUGCGACUGCUGUGGUGAAGUUAUUACACUUCCAAAAUUUGAAAUGCAUGCAGGAAGCAGACUUGGUCAGCCACUUGAAAAUAUAUAUGUACACACUGGUUCUUCCCUCCUCCAAUGCCUGUUGGAAUCAUGGAAUAAACAAAAUGAACCACAAUGUAAAGGAUAUAAUUUUGUAGAUGUUGACGUUGAAGACCCUAAUGAUGAUACUUGUGGAAUUUGUGGAGAUGGGGGAGAUUUGUUUUGUUGUGAUGGUUGUCCAUCUACGUUCCAUCAAACUUGCUUGGGUAUUAAGAAGUUUCCUUCUGGUCACUGGAACUGUUUAUAUUGUUCAUGCAAAUCAUGUGGACAAGUCACAACAGAUUUACAUUUAAGGGAUGAUCAUCAUGAGGCAGCUGCAGCUGUGUUAUGUAAAUGCCACCUCUGUGAGGAAAGAUAUCAUCCGACAUGUGUUCAGACAAAUGAUGCUUCUGGUGAUGAUGUGAAUAACCCAUUGUUUUGUGGGAAGAAAUGUCAAACGUUACAUGAAAGACUACAAAAGCUUCUUGGGGUUAAGCAGGAUAUGGAAGAAGGAUUUUCAUGGACUCUUAUUCGUAGAAGUGAUGUUGGUCCAGAUGCUAGUCUCUGCGCUGAAGUAGCUCAGAAGAUUAAGUGUAACUCCAAGCUUGCUGUUGCUUUGUUUGUUAUGGAUGAGUGCUUUUUGCCCAUCAUUGACCACAGAAGUGGGAUCAAUUUGAUUCAUAACAUUCUAUAUAACUGUGGGUCAAAUUUCACUCGUCUAAAUUUUAGUGGCUUUUACACUGCAAUUCUUGAAAAGAAUGAUGAGAUUAUAUGUGCCGCAUCCUUAAGGAUCCAUGGAAAUGAAUUAGCGGAGAUGCCAUUCAUUGGGACUCGCUAUAUGUAUAGGCGUCAGGGAAUGUGCCGGCGCUUUCUUAGCGUGAUUGAAUCGGCUUUGACUUCUCUAAAUGUUGAGAAGUUGGUCAUUCCCGCAAUAUCUGAAUUAAGAGAUACAUGGACUUCUGUCUUUGGUUUCAAGCCGCUUGAAGAGACUAGCAAGCUUAGGAUGAGGAGCAUGAGUCUGUUGGUCUUUCCUGGUGUAGAAAUGCUGCAGAAACCCCUAUUUAGGGAUAAUGUUCCUAUGGAAAAUACGCCUCUUGUAGAAGGUUCUAAGUCCCCCCAACUUGCAGAACAACAAACGGUAGAGGUUGUUGCAAGCUCUCCUGAAGAGACACGUUCUCCUGGUCCUUGUUUAAAUUCAUGCAGCCAGGGUACUGCACCUGAUGGAUCUGAGAUUUCUUGUGAACCUGCAGCUGUUGAAUCCAGUGUUAAACUAAAUGAUAAGAUCUUGAACGAUAUAUCUGGUUUAGAUAAUCCUACUAACAAUGUUGAAGUCGUCCAUACUGCUGAUGCUAUAAAUGAUAAUUUGGAGGAAAGGAACCCAAAAUUUGAGAACUCAUUCUGCUCUUCAUGCCUUACUUGUGGAGAAGCUAAAGAGGUUGGCCAAAAUCAAACUACCUCUCUUGGUUCUACCAUUUCAGACCCUGAAGAUCGAACAUCUGAACUGAACGGACAAUUGAGUCGGCAUGGAAACUCAGAAAUUCAUCAAAAUUCUGGCCUGGAAUGCCCCAAAGGAACUGGAAGUGUUGAUUGCCAGGAGAUUGCAGAAGUUAGUGUUCCUAAUGACAAACUCGAGGCUACUCAUGAUGUGCAUGUAAAUCAGAGCACAAUCAGCACUAGUAACCCGCAAGAGACUGCUUCUGUACGUGAUGGACAGACGGUUUUCUUUGAUUCAGAAGUUGCAAAUGGUUGGCAUGCCACUUUGCAGAUGGAUGAUAAAACUAGUUAUCCCUCUGAAGGUGACGGGCUUGAUGAGCAUGUUGUCAAUGCUAGAGUUUGUUCUAAUGGUCAUCCUCAGGACAGCGUUGUUUUAGGCAGAUGACCUAUGCAUCACUUAGAUUUCACUCGGGAGGAUGAUGCUGAGCUGUAAGAAGUAGCGACUGGAGUAUAUUCUAAUCUCCACCCCUGAAGCGGGUUAGCUUCCUGAUAGAAUUCAGAUGCACAGUUUACCAUAGCAAUAGGACUCUGGUUCACAUAUUAACACAUGCCACACUGUAUUAUAGAUCACUCACUGUUCUACUAAAAAUUUGCUUCUGCUUUGGCUUUUCUCUCUGCCAUUCCUCGGAUGAAGGUAGCUUUCUUGCAGCAACCCUCAGGUACGACUCUAUCAAACAAGGCUACUUAUGUCCUUUUGGUCUCGAACCUUGAACCGAUGCAUCUUCAGUAGCUAGCUGCCAUUACAGGAGUGCUGCAGAACUCUUUUUGUUUGGUCUGACUAACCAAUUGUGCCAU